CGCUGAGGGCUUUGCUGAAACUUCAGUUCUCCGAAGCAUUCUCGGCGCCAUGUCGACAGAACGGACGCGCGUGUCGCUUCUGACGGUGACCAACCGAAACCGGGAUUUCAUGAAAUUGACCAUAGAGCAAGCCCGGAAACAAUCCUUUCUAGAGGACGAACUGCAAGAGAUUGAGCAUGUGAUUGUCCACAACAUUCAGGCAGACCAAGAGGAUGAUUCCUGGCACAUAAGUACGAAGGAGUACCUUAAGAAGUUGAGCGAUUGCCCUGGGCAUCCGAAUUUCAGUGUCAAACCACUAUUUGUCAAAAGAGGAGAAGACAGUAACGUGACGCUGGGUCAACUGCGGAAUACAGGUGUCAAUGCAUGCAGCGGAGACUACGUAGUUGUGUGGGAUGAUGAUGACCUGUACCACAAAGACCGCGUAAAGAACCAAGUUCAAGCAAUCAAGGAGGCCUCCGACACUGCCGUUGCUUGCACCUACAAGACAGCUGUCGUCAAUGAAACUGAUGCGAAGGCACUGGAAAACAAGCGACUGCCUCGCUGCUACCGGCUCCAUCCCCGUGAAGAGGGUUGGGAAAUGACCUUGUGCUGCCGAAAAGAUGUUCUAGUCCAGGAAGAGUAUCGAUACGAAUCCAAAAAUGUUGGUGAAGACACUCCCGUGUUGAAAGCACUGCAGAAGAACAAUCAAUUGAAAGUGAUCCCUUGCGACGCCGACAAGGAGGAAUAUAUUUACAUGCGACAACCUGGCAACGCCAUGGCAGGGAGUAAGGUCGAAGAAAACUGGUGGGAACUCACCUCGUUCAAGUAUGACCCCGACAAAAUCUUGUCCGUUGCCAGCAGCUUGGGAAUAUUCAAGACGCACAUUUACCGGAUGCUCCUGCAGUAUGGCCCAAGUGCGGUUCCAGAAAUGCCUCAGUACGGCCGCUUGCGAGUUGCUUCCAAUCGCAUUUGUGGAGAAUUUGAAGACUCUCCAGUGCAGCUGCGUGGGAUGUCUUUGUUCUGGCAUCAAUGGAAGAGACGCUUCUUCUGCUUCGAGACCAUCAAGUGGCUUGUGGAAGAUUGGCAAGUCAAUGUGAUUCGAAUGCCCAUUGGCGUUGUUCCUGAGGGUGGCUACAUCUCAGACUCAGCCGGAGCCCUGCAAGCUGUCAGAGAUGUGGUGCUGGCUGCUAUUGUUUGUGGCAUUUAUAUCGUAGUAGAUUUUCACUUCCACAAACUAGAUGACCAUGUGCAGGAGAAAGCAUUGGAGUUCUUCGAUGCUGUUGCCCAAGAAUAUGGUGAGUACCCUCAUGUGAUUUUUGAAAUCUGGAAUGAGCCGCCCGGGCCCUCGGAAUGGACAAAUAUUGUGACAUAUAGUAAGGCUGUCUUGAAACAGAUCCGGGCCAACUCCCAAAACCUGGUGCUGAUCCCCACGACGAGUUGGUCUUCAGAUGCUCCAGUUGAAGCAAUUUCCCAACUUGACCCCAAGGACGAUAGACUUGGCUUCAGCAUGCAUGCGUACAUGAAUUCCUUUCAUCAUCUCCAAACGAUGAAAGCUCGGGUCUCACAUGCUCUCGAAACGAUGGGAGCGGUUUUCAUCACCGAAUGGGGCACUGGAAAGUUCGAUGGGACGAAGCCAGUUCGGGAAGCCUGGAGCCGAGACUGGCUACACUUCCUGAACUUGCAUCAGAUUGGCCAUGUCAUGUGGAACGUGUGUGACAAGGAGGGUGAAAGCCAUUCUGCGUUGAAACCCGACAGCCCUGUGGCUGGUUGGAAGAAAGAAUAUUUGACAGCCAAUGGCUCUUUCAUGAAACAACUUCUUUCCUCCACCUUCACCACGAAGACGGUGCAGCUCCAAACAGCCUGCAAACAACACGGCCAGGAAGCGGGCUGGCAGUUGUAUGCUGUACGAUGCGAAGACAGGGAUUGUCUUAGUCAGAAAUCCAGCAGGGCUUUGGUCCAUGCUUUGCAGUGGCAGCGCCCUGAUGGCUCUGCCCGCUCUGCUCCAAAGCAGGAGUGGGAAAUGGAGAUGACUGCAAGUUGUUUCAUUUUAAAGGUGAAAACACCAGAUGCUUGGAAGCAGCCUGCUGGCUGGUACCUGGCCGUCCAGUCUGAUGCAGCGCGCAACCAAAGUUCGUGUCGCAUGAUGGUGCACAAGGAUAAGAACAAGGCCGCAGUUUGGAGAGAAAAGCCUGGAUCGCAAGACGGAACUGUCCACUUGGAGCUGGUGUCAGGUUCAAAAGGACAUCAAGGGUGGCUUCUGGCAGUGCAUCGGACCGAAAGGGAAGACAAGCGAAACGAUCACUCAACCUGGGUGUGUUUGCACAAGCCAAACCUCGAUUGGGCCACAGAUUGGGCCGUGAUACCGCGGCCGUGAGUUGGAACAGCACGGUGCCAGAAAGAGGUCGAAGC